CAUGCACAACAGACAGAGAGACACACUGGCAGUGUGGCUUUAGUGUCCGUGAGUGUGAAGAUCAGCGAAGAUCAAACCGGCGAGUGCAAGUUGACCUCUCUGAGUGUCGCCCGCUUUUUCUCUCAAGGAUACAGUCCGCACGCUCGGGACACCAUCACAGCACUCCCGUUGCACUCAACAACAACCUUGCCAGGACCCACAAUGUCACAAUUCUGUACAAUGCCAGCUGGAGAGAAGAAGAAGCAUGCAGCAGCUAUUUGUCGAGAGGUCCACAGUACCAACGGCGACGUGAUGGAUCUGGGAAAGAAGCACAGCACUCCCAAAGACAUCAUGCUGGAGGAGCUGUCUCUGCUCUCCAACAGAGGCUCCCGCCUGUUCAAGAUGCGCCAGAGACGCUCGGAAAAGUACACGUUCGAAAGCAUACAGAACGAGGCCAACGCGCAGCUUAACAAUGAUAUUCUUGCCCAGAGUGGACACAUGAUUGAAAUUAAAGUGGAUGCGCCAACCAAUGGCCAUACUCCUAAUCCAGAUGAAACCGUUCCAGAUACAAACGCAGAAAAGUUAAAUGCAGCCUCUAUGCCCAAAUGCUACCACUCACCCUGGGAGGAGGCCAUCAUCAACGAUCCAGGCCUCGCUGACACUUUCAAACCAAUGAUGCCCGCAAUAGACCCUCGACCAGAACUUCCCGAGUACAAAAGCUUCAACAGGGUGGCGACACCUUAUGGCGGCUUUGAGAAAGCGCCGCGAGGAAUAACAUUCAAACUUCCAGAGCUGGACCUGAACCCUCCGAAGUACCCAGAGCUCCAGGAGCCGGGAAUAAAGAAGCCCACCUUCAACAGAAGCGCCCAGGGAUGGAUAUCUGAAGGCACCCACCUCAUCCUACCCACAAUCACCCUGGAGUCCAUCCAAGUCCCCGAGUCGGAAGACCUGUAAGCAGGUUUCGGAACGACGGCGGUCCAGGGGCUCGCACGGCUCCCAUUGUUUUGUUCUCCCCACGCAACGGACGACGAAAUGUUUCACUCAACUAUCCCUCAGUUGAUUAAUGUGUUUGACGUCAUGUAAAUAGAGAAUGGAAUAUGCUGCAAAUGAUCCCAUAAGAGUUGGCAGUGCUUGUGCCCGUCAUGUAAAUAAAGAAUACAGCUUC